AUGUUGGGGGCUCUGGAAACCACUGGUUGUCCUGAUCAUGCGAAAGAUCACAUCCCAUUUCCGUCGCACUACACCUCAAAGACUGAAUUCUUGUCCUACGUGCUGCUCUAUCUGGUGAAGAUGCCUUUCCCGCCUGUGACCAGACCUCGAAGUCUUCCCAGCUCGGGCAAAGAAAAACUUUCAGGACCGUUGCCUGUCAUUCCGAUCAAGACUGUGGAAGAGAAAAGUUCUGUGAAGGAGCGGCUCAAGAAGUUGAGCAAGAAGGCCUCGCCGCACAAAAGCAAGUUGCCCACCAGUCGAGCCACUUCUGGCUUGAGGAUGGAGGGUAAAAACACCUGGAUUAUGACUCCAAGACCUGCAGAUCCUUCAAGCUCCUCGACCCCAACUUCUUCUAAAAGUACUUCUGACAUUAGUACCUCUGCAACCAAUCUGGCAACAAUCUCCUCAGCGAACUCCUCUAGCAAGAAGAUGUUUCCUGCCAGCGUUUCAGCAACAAGCAUCCCAACAGACUCUUGUAGUCUGCAAGCCUCCUCUGGAUCAGACCAUGGAUUAAACAGCAAAUCUAACUUCUCUCUCAACCUGACUCCUGAGGCCACCUUGCUCCUGCAGAAACGUAGCCGUGAGAAGCAGCUCCGUGGCACCGUAACAACACCGCACCAGAAAGCCCGCCCGCCUGCCAAGUCGGGUUCUCGAUCUAACAUCCCACUGGUGAAGAUAUCUCUUCUGAAUGACCGUCACCGAUAUGAUGACGUGGAAUAUGAGGAAGACAAAGAGCAGAGUGUGGAUCAGAGCGUCCUACUGAAAUGUUCUGAAUGGUUGCGAGGAGUGGAGAACGCUGCCGGAGCUACGGUCCUGUGUAGAAUGGACAAAAUCAGCCAGAAGAGCAUUUAG